AUUCUGAUUUGCAGUAGAUUAGCAAGCCGGCCUCUUUCUCCCUCUUGCUCAAGCUGCCUCCGAAGUCCGAACUGUGGUUCCAUAGAUCUCUCUUCGCACACGGAGGGAGAGGGAGAGGCAGAGAGCUAGUUGUCAUGGCGGUGGCGAUCAGGGUUAAACUUUUCCUUCUUCUGCUCUUCUUCUCAUUUUCGAACCCUGGCUUUUCCCUCUACGGGGAUCAAGUUGGGCUCCUGGACUGGCAUCAGCAGUACAUAGGCAAAGUAAAGCACGCGGUGUUCAACACACAAAAGGCUGGCAGGAAGCGCGUUAUCGUCUCCACCGAAGAGAACGUUAUCGCCUCUCUCGAUCUCCGCCGUGGCGAAAUUUUUUGGAGGCAUGUUCUUGGGACCAAUGAUAUCAUUGAUGAAAUUGGCACUGCACUUGGAAAAUAUGUUAUUACGCUCUCAUCCGAGGGAAGCGUUGUGAGAGCUUGGAACCUUCCUGAUGGGCAAAUGGUGUGGGAGUCUUUCCUUGAGGGUUCAGAGCCUUCAAAGUCAUUAUUAUUAGUACUGACAAAUUUGAAAAUUGACAAGGACAAUGUGAUCCUUGUUUAUGGCAGAGGGUGUCUCCAUGCCAUUUCAAGCAUGGAUGGUGAGAUUCUUUGGAGGAAGAAUUUUUUGGAUGAAAGUGUAGAGGUACAAAAUGUAAUUCAACCUCUUGGCAGUGAUAUAAUAUAUGCUGUAGGAUUUGUGGGUUUGUCCCAGGUUGCUAUAUAUCAAAUUCAUUCUAGAAAUGGAGAAGUCUUGAAGCAGCAGAGUGCAGCCUUUCCUGGUAGCUUUUCUGGGGAAGCGUCACUUGUUUCAAGUGACAUGCUAGUUGCUUUGGAUGCCACUCGAUCAAUUUUGGUAUCAAUAAGCUUUCAAGAUGGAGAAAUUAGUUUUCACGAGAGAAAAAUUUCAGAGCUUGUUGACGAUUUUCCUGGGAAGGCAGUGAUAUUACCUUCAAAGCUUACUGGGAUGCUCGCUUUAAAAAUAAAUACAGUAACCAUAUUUGUAAGAGUGACAGUUGGAGGCAAGAUGGAGCUUGUGGACAAAGUCAAUCAUGCAACAGCUAUUAGUAAUGCUCUUUCACUUGCAGAGGGUCAGCAAGCGUUUGCUCUAGUUCUACAUGGAGACAGCAAACUUCACCUUACAGUGAAGCAUGGCGAUGACUGGGCUAGUGAUUUUCUUAAGGAGAACAUUGAAAUGAACCACCAUAGAGGCCUUGUGCAUAAGGUUUUCAUAAAUAAUUAUGUCCGGACAGACAAGUCUUAUGGUUUCAGGGCCUUGAUUAUCAUGGAAGAUCAUUCACAGUUGUUAGUACAGCAAGGUGAGAUUGUUUGGAGUAGAGAGGAUGGGCUUGCCUCAAUUAUAGAUGUAACAACUUCUGAACUCCCUGUGCAAAAGGAAGGUGUAUCAGUAGCCAAAGUGGAGCACAACCUCUUUGAAUGGCUAAAGGGGCACAUUUUGAAGCUUAAAGGAACUCUAAUGCUUGCAAGCCCAGAGGAUGUAGCGGCCAUACAACAAAUUAGGUUAAAAAGCUCAGAGAAGAGCAAAAUGACCCGUGACCACAAUGGUUUUAGGAAGCUUCUCAUAGUACUUACUAGAGCAGGAAAGCUAUUAGCCCUGCAUACUGGAGAUGGACGAGUUGUCUGGUCUCUCUUACUGCAAUCUCUUCGUGGAUCAGAAGCAUGUGAUUGGCGUACUGGGCUUAAUAUAUAUCAGUGGCAGGUUCCUCAUCAUCAUGCAAUGGAUGAGAACCCAUCUGUUCUUGUAGUCGGCAGGUGUGGACAUGGUUCAGAUUCCUCAAGUGCUCUUUCAUUCAUUGACACGUACACAGGGAAGGAGCUUAAUUCUCUAAAUCUUGCUCAUUCUGUUUCGCAAGUUAUUCCGCUGCCAUUCACAGAUUCAACAGAACAACGCCUCCAUUUACUCAUAGAUGCUGGUGGACAUGCACAUUUAUAUCCUAGAACUCCCGAGGCCAUUGGUAUCCUCCAACAUGAAUUCCCAAACAUAUACUGGUAUUCAGUUGAAGCUGAUAAUGGCAUUAUCAGAGGACAUGUUUUAAAAAGCAAUUGUGUUGAAGUAGCGGAUGAGUAUUGCUUCAACACCAGAGAUUUAUGGUCAAUAGUAUUUCCAUCAGAGUCAGAAAAGAUUAUUGCAACUGCAACAAGAAAGUUAAAUGAGAUUGUUCAUACCCAAGCAAAGAUAACUGCGGACCAAGAUGUGAUGUAUAAAUAUAUAUCAAAGAAUUUACUCUUUGUCGCUACCGUUACACCUAAAGCCAGUGGUGAAAUUGGUUCAGCUACCCUGGAGGAAUCUUGGCUGGUUGUAUAUCUUGUUGAUACUGUUACUGGUCGCAUACUGCAUCGUGUGACACAUCACGGGUCACAGGGUCCUGUGCAUGCAGUUAUUAGUGAGAACUGGGUUGUCUACCAUUAUUUUAAUCUCAGAGCACAUCGAUAUGAAAUGUCAGUCAUUGAGAUCUAUGAUCAAUCUCGAGCGGACAACAAAGAUGUUUUGAAGCUUGUUCUUGGAAAGCAUAAUCUUACUUCACCCACUUCUUCAUAUUCCAAAGCUGAGGUUAUAACAAAAUCACAGUCUUAUUUUUUCACUCAUUCUGUGAAAACAAUAGCAGUAACAUCAACUGCGAAGGGUAUUACUUCAAAGCAGCUUCUUGUUGGUACAAUUGGUGAUCAGGUUUUGGCACUGGAUAAACGCUAUCUAGAUCCUCGUCGAUCAGUGGAUCCCUCGCAAUCUGAGAGAGAAGAAGGAAUUAUACCUCUGACUGAUUCUUUGCCAAUCAUUCCUCAGUCGUAUGUGACACAUGCCCUUAAAGUGGAAGGUCUUCGAGGCAUAGUAACAGCACCAGCUAAACUAGAGUCAACUGCCCUUGUGUUUGUAUAUGGAGUGGAUCUCUUCUUUACUCGGAUUGCCCCCUCAAGGAUCUAUGAUUCACUCACUGAGGAUUUCAGCUAUGCUCUUCUACUUAUAACAAUUGUUGCUCUUGUUGCUGCCAUCUUUGUGACAUGGGUUUUGUCGGAAAGGAAGGAACUCCGGGAGAGGUGGAGGUGAGUUCAUUUAGUUUCUAGUUAAUCCGUCUUCCUAUUUUUUCUCUCAAGCUACGACUAAUUUUUGUCUUAGAGAGGAGCUUGGCUUCUGCAAUGUAACCUAAACUUUAUUUUGUAGCAAUCCCCCUUUCUAUUUGUUAUUUUCUUCUUAUGAUUAUGUUAAGAGGAUCCAAAUUUAGUGCUGUAAAAUUGAAAUUGUGAUAGAAUACACCAUUUUUUUUUUGCCUUUUAUUUUUUGGGGAUUAAUCAGCGUUCUAAAUUGAUGUUGCAUAACAAAAA